AUGCAAGGAGACAACAGGAAGCAUCAGUAUGCAGUGCAGGAGAAGCCAGAAGUGUUUGGGCACCUUCUGAAGAGACCAAUGGAAACUUUUUUCGACAACCAUCAUCCAGCCCUGAAGUCCCCCAUCUUGGUGUCUGGCCCUCGCUUGGCUGCGGAGGACACCUUCAGCCGCCACUUUGAGAGCAUAAUGGAGUCCCACAGAGCCAAAGGGACAUCAUACAACAGCUUGGAUAGCGAGGAGAUAUUAACCUCGAGCACCCAAACUGUCCUGACAUUUGACCUCCCCACGUUAACUCCUGCCAUCCAUGGGCCGGUCUGCCAGAGCGCCAGGCAGAUCGUCCAGCUCAGCUUUGCCCCGCUGGCUCAUGAUGAGAGGCCCAGUCUGUCAGAUUCUAUCUUUACAGUGACAGGGGACUCGGAUGCCACCAGAGCCCCCUCCAGCGAGAGGCUGAGCAGCGGUUCUGACGACACGCCACCCAGAGGACGAAAUUAUACACAUCUAGGGAGCAGCUGGUACAGCAACCCAUCUUUCUCAUUGCCAAGGUUAUAUGAAUGUUUUUCGAGUUCCCCCUCUGCGAGUCUCCACAGGGAGAAGGCCCGUCUGGCGACAGAUUCGGAGCUGGACCAGGACCUUAGUGAGAGGCUGGGUCUGAGCAGCAGUGAGACCUUCACUAAUGGCAGUCACCGUGCCGACGUGGCAGCCGCCAAACGUUUGGCCAAACGUCUCUUUAAUUUGGAUGGAUUCAGGAAGUCUGAUGUGGCACGCCACCUCAGCAAGAAUAACGACUUCAGCCGUAUGGUGGCAGAAGAAUAUCUGAGUUUCUUCAACUUCACAGGCCUCGCUGUUGAUCAGGCAUUGCGGACUUUCCUCAGGCAGUUUGCCCUCAUGGGGGAGACUCAGGAGAGAGAGCGGGUGCUGUCACACUUUUCUAGGCGUUACUUCGACUGCAACCCCAAAGUCGUGCCAUCUGAGGAUGCAGUUCACACUCUGACCUGUGCCGUAAUGCUGCUGAAUUCAGAUUUGCAUGGUCAAAACAUUGGCAAGAGGAUGUCGUGCACACAGUUUGUCGGCAACCUGGAAGGAUUGAACGACGGCCAAGAUUUUGCCAAAGAUCUGCUUAAAGCUCUCUACAACUCAAUCAAGAAUCAGAAGCUUCAAUGGACAAUCGACGAGGAAGAGCUGCGGAAGUCCUUUUCGGAGCUCGGGGACAGCCUGUGUGACUCCACCGCCUCCAGAUCGAUGAAGCGGGAGAGCAGCAGUGGGAAGCCCCUGUCGGAAGAGGCCGAGCCCUCCGGGAUGCUGCUGUACAAGAACGGGUUCCUGGUCCGCAAAGUCCACGCUGACUCGGACGGCAAGAGAACACCAAGAGGCAAGAGAGGAUGGAAGACCUUCUACGCCAUCCUGAAAGGGUUUAUUCUCUAUCUGCAAAAAGGAGAAUACAGGCCUGAUAAGCAGCUAUCUGAUGAGGACAUGAAGAAUGCCGUGUCCAUCCACCACUCUCUGGCCAUGAAAGCUUCAGACUACAGCAAGAGGCCCAACGUCUUCUACCUGCGAACCGCUGACUGGAGGGUGUAUCUCUUCCAGGCACCGAACGCAGAGCAGAUGCAGUCAUGGAUCACACGGAUCAACACCGUGGCUGCCAUGUUCUCCGCUCCUCCUUUCCCAGCAGCCAUCGGCUCACAGAAGAAAUUCAGUCGACCGCUGCUGCCGGGGACGAUGUCGAAACUGUCCGAGGAGGAGCAGGUCAGAUCCCACGAAUCUCGAUUCAGAGCCCUCUCCACUGAACUGGCUGAGCUACGCUCUUACCCUCCUGACCGCAAGGUCAAAGGCCGCGAGCUGGAAGAGUACCGCCAGCGUGACGAGUAUCUGGAGUUUGAGAAAACGCGUUACGGGACUUAUGCCAUGCUGCUGCGGGCUAAAAUCCGGAGCGGUGAGGAGGACCUUUCUGUGUUCGAGUCCCAGCUGCUGGAGGACAACGGGCUGCAGAGGGCUCACUCCAGCCCCACGCUGCAGGACAGCAGCCAGGCCAGCCAGAUCAGUCAGGCCAGCAGCACCAGAGACGGAGGAAACAGCAGCAAAGCCAGCGCCUGCAGCAGCAAACCUCGACAGGAAGGCCAGAGACACAGCUACCGACAGGCCGUCAAGAAGUGA